CGCGGCGGACUGAUGCCAUGACCGCGGACGCCUCCCUCCACCUCCACCUCCUCCUCCAUCAUCUCCUCCUCCUCCUCCUCCUCCUCCUCCACUGCUGAGCAUGAUGCGCUGCCGGCUGAGCGCUGCUGGAAUGAAUCGACUGAAGGACGCUUUUACGGGACUCACCUGUGGAUUUACGCCGUCAGGAUGCCUUAUGUGACCAAACCUCUGAUUUUACUUCUGUGUCUGCUCGUUAGCGGGGAAUGUAGGAAGCACGGACACCGGGUGAAGAGAUGGACCGGGACUGUGGAGACCCAAAAGCACGGCAUCUCGUUGGCAAAGAAGCCUCCAGAUGUGACCAAGUCUCGCAAAAUGAAGACGGAGCAUCUGCUCAAAGUAGACGAUCAUGACUUCACCAUGAGGCCAGCGUUUGGAGGUCCUGCGAUCCCUGUAGGAGUGGACGUUCAGGUGGAGAGCUUGGACAGUAUUUCUGAGGUUGAUAUGGACUUCACCAUGACUCUGUACCUGCGGCACUACUGGAAGGACGAGCGCCUGUCGUUCAGCAGCAGCACCAACAAGAGCAUGACGUUCGACGGACGCCUGGUGAAGAAGAUCUGGGUCCCCGAUGUCUUCUUUGUGCACUCCAAGAGGUCGUUCAUCCACGACACCACCACGGACAACAUCAUGCUGCGCGUGUUUCCCGACGGACACGUCCUCUACAGUCUCAGAGUGACAGUGACGGCCGCCUGUAACAUGGACUUCAGCCGUUUCCCUCUGGACUCUCAGACCUGCUCGCUGGAGCUGGAGAGCUACGCCUACACUGAUGAGGACCUGAUGCUGUACUGGAAGAGUGGAGACGAGUCCCUCAGCACUGACGAUCGCAUCUCUUUAUCGCAGUUUCUCAUCCAGAAGUUCCACACGACGUCUCGCCUGGCGUUCUACAGCAGCACAGGCUGGUACAAUCGUCUCUACAUCAACUUCACGUUGCGACGCCACAUCUUCUUCUUCUUGCUGCAGACUUAUUUCCCCGCCACGCUUAUGGUGAUGCUUUCCUGGGUAUCGUUCUGGAUCGACCGACGAGCGGUGCCGGCCAGAGUCUCCUUGGGCAUCACCACCGUGCUGACCAUGUCCACCAUCAUAACCGGAGUGAACGCGUCCAUGCCUCGGGUGUCUUACAUCAAAGCCGUGGACAUUUACCUGUGGGUCAGCUUCGUCUUUGUCUUCUUGUCUGUGUUGGAGUACGCCGCUGUGAACUACCUGUCCACCGUGCAGGACCGGCGGGAGCGAAAGCUGAGAGAGCGGGCACGAUCGCAGUCCCUGCCCUGCACCUGUGGUAUGUCCCAAACGAGAACCAUGACCAUGUUGGAUGGUACGUACAGCGAGGCUGACACCAACAGCCUGGCUGGAUACACCCAGGAGCCGCUGCCCGAGGAGGAGCAGGAGGAGCUCCACGAGGUUCCUGAGAAACCUGAACACAUGGUGGUCCACUUGUCAGUGAGCAGUGAGUCCACCAACACCAAGAAGAAGAAGAGCAUUCGUGCCCUCAACAUCAUCCAGAACACACACGCUAUUGACAAAUACUCUCGGAUGUUUUUUCCUGGUUCGUACAUCUUCUUCAACCUGAUCUACUGGUCGGUCUACUGCUGAAGACAAACGGAGUCAGGACUGUGGCCAGAGAGAUUAAUACUCUGUCUGUUUUUAUGCUGCAUCAUUGCGGGACACUUCUGGACUUAUAAAGAGCGUGCUGUGUGUCUAGAGAUGAUAUAUCAUUGGGUUUAAGACCUUGGACAGAAAAGCUCUGCAAGGAUUCAGCUCUGAGACUUUCAGGAUUUAUAGUAGCUCUUUUUUUUUGUUUUGUUUUUUCCUCAUGCAGCACUUUGAAUGUUCCUUAGCGUACCUAAUUCAAACUCAACAGAAUUCACUUGAAAGGUUUAUUUCAACUACUGAGGCUCGUUAUCUCAGUGUUUUUUGGCUUCACCAACUGCUGCUGGAAAGCUUUUUUUUUCUUGAAAUGAACAACAGUUUGGAGGGAAACAAUGAUUUCUUGAUAUUGGAAUCAAAACACUGUUAACUAAGGAUAAGAUUUGCUUAGAGUGCAUUUUUCUGUGAGCUCCUAAGUUGGCCUGUCUUUAAAUUUAUUGUAGUAAAAGUACAGCUUAGUAUCACCAUCAGUCUAAGCCUAAUUAUCUACCAUGACUUAUAAAUAGUAAUAAAUUAAUUUGCUUAAUCUAAAGAUUAUAUCAUAGACCAUAUUUUAUGAGACCAAAUUUCAUGGUUUAAGCUGUGUUCAGACCAAAAGCCAAGAAGAUGCUUGUCUUGCAUUAUCAGCAUGAAUAUGACAACAGAUUCAUUCUUUGGUUAAGUACAACGCAACACCCACAAUUUUUGGCUUUCAAGAUGCUAUAAAAAUCCAAACCGUGUCAAAACCAGGCUGCAGCCGUUGGUGUUGAAAGAUGAAGCCGUUGUGGAAGUGCAAAAAAACUGCAGUACCUCAAGCGUCCACCUGAGGCUGGCUGCAAAAGCCAAAGAAUACUCAUUAGGUCCCAUUUUACGGCAGAAAUGGACAUGAGAGCUGAGAAAAAUCUGGCAUUAGAGCUCAUUGUUUUAGUGGUACACAUUGCACAGGAGGGGAUGAUUUAUUACAUAACUAAUUAUUUUUAAUUAUAUUAGAGCUAAGUGUUUUGCAUAAAUGUGUAUAAUUAGGGCCAUGGCUGAAUUGAUUGAUAAGUGGGUGAGUUGUAGUUUGCCAGGAGGCUGAAGGCCUCCCUGAGCUACAUCUCUUUGUCUGUUUCUAGAUGGAUCAGGUACAGCAGUCAGCACUUCCAAUAUGGGGACUGCCAUCGUUCAGCUUCAUAACGCCUCUUUAGAAACCAAGGGGUGGCGUCACUCAGGCAGUGUAGAUUUUUCAUAUUGUUUGUGGUCGUAUCUUGUUUCAUAAAAACAUCUGGAAUUUGACAAAGCUGGGUCCAUCUCCCUCCUCCUCCAUGAACUGUGUCUGGAUGAACUUUCCGGCUGUUUCCAGUUUGAUGACAUGUUAGCUAGGAUCAGUACCAGGUCUCAGUUUGAGGAUCUGUUAGCUAGGAUCAGUACCAGGUCUCAGUUUGAGGAUCUGUUAGCUAGGAUCAGUACCAGGUCCCAGUAUGAUGACCUGUUAGCUAGGAUCAGUACCAGGAUUUCCCUGAUGGACACCAACUACCAGAGUUCUGUUGUAGCUGUGAAGCGCCUGUCCAUCUCUCCAAACAACUACAUCAUAAAGUAAAGAUUCAUGCUCACACGCAGACUACUUUUAAGUGGAGUUUGGAACCUUAUCUGGUGUGUGGUGAACGUCAAAGCUAAAAUGCUUUAGUAACACAACCAAACAGGAGUUUAUCCCUCACCCUGGAAAAAUGUAACUCAACUAAUUUCAUAUUUUUGCCUCAUUUGCAUUACCUGUGCAAAUUGCUGUUUAUCUGCCUUUUUGCAGUGAUUAUAUCUAAAAGCGUCAUGCAACAAAUUUGUUCCGCUUUGGGUCUGAACACACUUCAAGUUGCACAGCCAAUUAGCAGCUCUGUAAUGCAUUGAGUUAAAUGCUACAGUCAGCUUGUUAACAGGCUGACUAUGUUAAGCACUUAGUGAUUAUCAUGAUUACAAUCUUAGUUUAACAUGCAAACAUUUACCAGCACAGUUAGGACUAAUGGGGACUAACUUUGUGUCUGGUCAUGAAGUGGGAAAAUAAAAUCUUUGCACUGAAUGAAAACUCUGAAUCACCAAAGUACAUUCAAUUACAAUUCUGUUCCAAAGUUUAAGGCAAUCUAAUCAGUGUUUGUAGAGACGGUAAAUUAACAUUUACUCAACUGAGACAUUUUGCAAAAGCAAAUAAAAAUGUCAACCUGCUGCUGGCACAAGACGAAGUUUGAGGACGAAAAAACACCAUUAACCAAAUUUUAUGAUAAUCUAUCCCCAGAUAUUUCAAUCAAAACCAAAAUCAUCGACCUCACGGUGGUGCUGAAGUCAGUGAACCUUUUGGACAAAAUAAAUGUCUGCAGAAAAUGUUAUGACAAUCCAUCAAGUCUGAACCAAAGUAACAUCCCUGAACCGUCCCCAGAGCCCCACCACAGUAUGGAUUCAGACUGUUUUCUUCUGAUGACUUUAAUGCAUCUGAGUACAUCAGGUAUGUUAUACGUCAUGGCCUGUCAGAGAGGAUGUCAUCGCUAAGUUCCUUCUCUCAGCAUGGAUAUUUGUAAGGCCGCUAUUGAGUGGAGCACAUAUCUUAGCGAAACCCCCCAAAUACAGUAAACUGUGAAGAAAAAUAGAUUUAUUGCACAUCUUUCCAUGUGGAAUAUUAAAGCUAAACAGUUUAAGGUUCAUAUUCUACAGUGAGGUUUCAUUCAACUAUAUUACAGUUGGUUGAAUGAGAUGAAAUUAUUGAAGCAACUCUCGUCAAAUGUGUCAAAAACGUGAUUUUAAGAGGACGUUUCUUAAGUCUCUGUGUGAACCUGUUGUUUGUUCUGCUGCUAUUCUUUAUUUCCUCAGAGGAUUUGAAGCUUCAGUGGACGUUUGCAAGCUUCAUGUACGUGGUAAUUUAUUCACUAAGCCUCUUUGCAUUACACUUUGCCCCACUUUCUUUUUUCAUAUUUACAUAUUUUUCCAUUUCAGCCACACAAAAAAACACAUAUCCUGCUCUCUCUCCAUUGCUCAAAAAUCAAACAUGCAUCCCAGAGGUAACCAGAACAGAAAAUAUAUAAACUGUGAGUACACAUAAUGUAAAGCUAUCAAUUCAAAGUUUAAAUGGUUCCAAAUCUAAAGAUAAAGAUCUCUCAAACAGCUCCUGCUUGCACUACAAUUUGCUCCGUUUGUAUUCAAACGUUAUGCUUGCACUUUCUCUCAGAUACAUUGGGUUUUUUUUGCACUGAAUUUCUGCACUACCAUUUUAUCCCUUCUCCUUCUGCAGCAAAACGGGCUGACGCUGGAGCAAAGGAAGUCAGUGUAAGCAGACAGUUUGCGCACAAGCAGAGAAAAUCAACUCUGAGGAGUGACUGUUUAAGUGACGGUGAGGGCAAGGAGGUGAAUGUGAGAUAGUGAGUGAUGCUUUCAAAUUGAGAGAGCACGCUGUAAGAGGAAAAUGACCCCACUCACUUAAAAGCACACAUUGUGAUGGCAUGUACAAAAAGCCUCAGCACAAAAAUGUCUUAAAAACUUAAACCUGAAUACCCCCUAUGACAGGAGCAAACAUACUGCUCAUGUGGUUCCAGAGUUGGAGCAGUAUGGGAUCAGUUGAUGAAGCUGCAGUAUUGAUGUCCCGCCCCUUCCUCUAACCAAAACACACUUUUGACUUACCGAUUAGGCAUCACAGAUCCAUCAGGUGGAUAUUCCACAGUAAACAGGAGCAGACACUCAUGCUAAGAGAGUUCAAUGACUCUUUGGUUAGUGCACGUUAUGUUUCCUCUCAUGGUUCCUCCUUUACUCUGACACAGUGCUGCAGGAGCCUUAUUGGUCAGCAGAGCUGUCAGUCAAUGUGUUAUACCCGCCCUAUUCUUAUGAAAAGGUAAACUUUGCAGACAUUGGACAUAAAUCAGCAUCAUAAGAACUAAGAUAAAUAUAAAGAAACCGUCAGAGAAAAUAUUUAUUUGAUUUUAUAGUUUGAGUCAUGUCCCAUUUGUUAACUUAGAGGAGGCGGGGCCUAUGACCUACACUGCAGCUGUCAGUAGGGGGAGCGCCAAAUGUUUUGACUUCAAUGUUGGAGAGCUGUCAUGCCGUCCUUCUUUUAUACAGUCUAUGGUUUCCACCAACAGACAUUUAAAGUUGUUUAAAUGUCUGUUCAUUUUUCUUUCUCCGGCUUUCUCUGACUAAACAAAACGGUGACCGAGCCGGUCGUCCUCUGAUGAAAGCCUGCGACAAUUUUGAGUAUUCGUUGGUGUUAUGAAAUGUUUGGUCGAGAGAGAGAGAGAGAGAGAGAGGGAGAGAGAUCCGUUUCUGUUCCAAGUUCAGUCAGGAUGUGUUCUUUAUUUGAAGUUUGAUUCACUGCCACACUGUGUAUUCAUGUAUUCCCUUUAGCGAAGCACUGCCAUUGAUCUUAAGAGCACAAAAAUAUGAAAAUAAGUUAAAUCAGCUUUAGAGGAUGAAAAGGAAACCAGCUCAUGUCAUCCUCUGGGUUCUUAAGAGUCAUGCUCUCUCAGUAUUUAUUUUCUGAUGUAGCGUGAAGAAAAGUUCAUUUUCCUAACACUCUGACUUCCCCCCUGCAGGGUAAAGGGUGGAGCCCAGAUGUGGUGCUCCACCUGUGUACACAUGUUUGUGUUUUGCACCUCAGGGCCAAUGCACUAAAGUGACAAAAAAAUGAUAUCCAUCUGCAGCACAUACAUUACAUCUUGAUUUUCUCAUAUGGAGGUACAAAUGUGAAACUAUUCCUGUAAAUUGUAAAGUACCGUUUAUUAUCUGGGGUAAUUUAUCUGUGUGUAAUAAGGAAAAACAAAAACAAAUAUCUGAAGCCAACUCACAUUUACAGUUCUUUUCUACGGAAGCCCUGAGCGGUCAUAAAUCCAAACGUUUUAUUUCGCUCUGUUUUUCUUGACGUAUUAACGUUGUUAUCUCGAGAUAACAACACAAGCUUCCCCCUGAUAACGACUUCAUUUAUUGACAUUUGGAGCAAGAGACUGAAUUUAACCAGUUAUCAUGGUAAAACCAGCGUGGUUAUCCCAAAAUAACGAGUCAAGAUCUCGAGAAAACGACAAGAAACUAUUAAAAUAGAAAAAUGUAGUAAAAUAAAAUGUAAUGUCCACCUGGUGUUUUUUUCCAGGCAGAAAAGCGCUGCACGUCCGUUCUAUCUCUAUGACAACCGUCUGUGGACAACGGCCGCUGUAUGACAUCACUUUUUUACUGUAUGUUUUACAGUAAAAAAGCCCCUUUCUGAAAAGUUGAAAGAGUUUCAACUCAAGUGCUCAGAACGGCCGCAUAAAGAAAGCAGAGGAGCGCUCGGAAAAAAGAUGCUGGGCGCUCCCCUUUUUCUCCCAGCAUCCGCCUGCUGCUGUGAACGCUCACUCCUCAUUGAAACCAAUUGAAAAAAAAACGCUGGCGUUCAGAAACAAACGCGUGGUGGACACGGGGCCUAAGGGUGAAUGUCCUCAGAGGGCUUCCUAGUUUUAGCCCCAAAGCUCUAAAAUAUAUCUAAUAUAUAAUAUAGAUGUUUUUCCUUUGAAUCAGAGACAUUUGAAGCAUACAGGAUGGCUGUGCUAAAGAAUGUAUUGUGACGAUGUAAAGUAUUUAUACGCUUUUUAAAAAAUCUAUUUAUUUUGUAUGUGUGUGUGUCGCCAUUUAUAGAUCAACUAAACAAUGAUUUAUACAAACACAACAGUUUGACAGGUUUUCAUUAUUUGAACACUGUUGGCCCGAAAAUGUGAUUGAUGAUUUGAUUAAUGAUGUUUGAUGUCCACACUCUUUGGAAGUAUGCAAAUUUAAAGUACUGGUUCCUUCUUUUUUUUUUGGAAGCUGUUUCCAUUAAACAUGAAGCGUGUUGUGGUGUGGAGAUUUGGUGGUAUCACUGUAAGCUAACAUGAGUAACGGCAAAGAAAGAAAAAUAAAGGCUCUUGGAUGAACAUGAUUGAGUACUUUAAUGUAACUAAGACUGUGAACCCAAGCUGUAAUAAUAAAACUCAAGUGUUCUUUACGAUCAGCUGUGGAAGACUUAUUCUUAAAAAGGCUCUCCAU